CGUCGAACCCAGCAUCAUUCGAGCAGCAUCCUGCAAUCAGUCCACACACAUCCACAGCUCGCUCAGUUCCCCAGAACGAACCCAAACGAAAUAAAAUAAAAAUGGCUCCUCAAAACAGCAACGAGACUACAUUCGUGUCGAAGACUCAGCACUAUCUGAAGGUGAAGAAGCCCCUGAUGGAGCGCCAGCGACGUGCCCGCAUGAACAAGUGCCUGGACACACUGAAGACACUUGUGGCCGAGUUCCAGGGCGACGACGCCAUCCUGCGCCUGGACAAAGCCGAGAUGCUGGAGGCCGCCCUGGUCUUCAUGCGCAAACAGGUCGUGGCCCAACAAGCGCCAGUGGCCCCUCUGCCGAUGGACAGCUUCAAGAACGGCUACAUGAACGCCGUCAGCGAAAUCUCCCGUGUGAUGGCCUGCACCCCAGCCAUGAGCGUCGACGUGGGCAAAACGGUGAUGACGCACCUGGGCGUUGAGUUCCAGCGCAUGCUGCAGGCCGAUCAGCAGUCAGCUUCCGCAACCGCAUCCACAUCCCAAUUGGAGACCGCCUCCCGUCCCAUCAGUCCCGCCUCCUCGGGCUAUCACAGCGACACCGAGGAAUCCGAGGCCGCCGCCAGCCCCAAACCUGCCCAGUCCAGCAGCAUGUGGCGCCCCUGGUAAAUCAUCCUCGACCUGCAGCAACAACAUCAGCAGCAGCAACUCCAAAUCCUGUCUUCCAUCAGCAACUUUUUCAACAACGAAUCAUGUCUUCCAAUUGAAUCGUUAACACUGUGAUAACAGCUUUACCUAGGACAUAAGCACGCCUCCAGCUUUAUUAGUUUAAUAAGAUUUAGACUAUAAAAAAAACACUCAAGCUUUAAUAGUAAUAAAUAAAAACAUUAUACAAGAAAACUAAA